GGCGGGGCGGCGCGGGCGCGGCCCUGCCCUUGCUCACUAGCGCAGAGACGGCGCGGCGGGGCGGCGGCUGCCAGGGCGGGCCGCCCCCCACGCCCGUCACACGGAUAGUACCAUAACUGCGCCCUGUUUAACGGCUACACUUCCCACAGUUUGUAACCUGUUACUGAAUAAACAAUGUAUGUUCUUCUUUCAUAGACACUGAGUUUUAUUUCCCACCACUACCUCUCUCUCUUGUGCCUUUCGACAAAAAGAAAUAGAACUACAGAAGUGGCGAGCAGCAGCCAGCGUCACGCUGCCAGGGGGAGGCAGCGCCACGCGUGUGUGGCUGCACUCGCCACAACAGUGGUGGAGUGUUUUUCUUCCUGUAAGUUGUAUCUCAGCAAUGCCUGGGGACACUGGUCAGGAUGGAGGCACGGAUUUGGAGCAUUGCCAGCCACUGGCGUAAGGCACGGCGAGGCUGGUGUACCUGCAGGCGACAGAAGGCACAGCCAGGAAGCAACAUGCCUGCCUUGCCUGGCAGGAUUAUACAAUGCACUGAAUUAUAAGACACAAACAAAAAAUGAAAUGUACAGUACUAUGAUGAUACAUAAAGGUCAGCUAGAUUUUUUUUUUUCUGUCCAAUUCCGUAACAAACUGUGGCUGGCAGUGUUGACAUCCCGCGCAAAGUCAAAAUGGCGGCGGCGAGCUGGUGCGUGCAGCAUCCGAAGCUUCGAAGCUUCUAAAGGAGGUGGUGGCAGACUGGCAGGCGGCAGCUUGAGCAGCUAAAGGUAAUAGUUUGGUGAUGUGCAGGAGGCUGUGGACUUCAUGACUUAAGCCGGUGAGGCUCUCCUAGCCUGAUGAGGCAGGAGGGGCUGCCACCCUGCCGUCUGUCACCCAUGAUCCGGAGUAGUGAUGCAACAGGGUAAGGCUGCCGCCUCGCGCCUCUCUCUCCUGCUCCCUGGCGGCCAAACAGUUCAGUGAGUAUUGUGCAAGGUCGUGCUAAUCAUAGCAGCGCCAUGGCAGCGCGCCGCCCACGCCCUGGCGGGCUGGGGCGUGAGGUAGGCGACGCAGCGACACCGCUGUGUUGACUCACGAGUAGACGCACAAGUUAAUCAGGGUGAGUGAGGCUUAUUGAAGGGUCAGGCACGGUGAGUUUCCGGGGCGGGGCCAGCGUUCGCUCUCCAGUGUGUUGGUGCCCCGCCUCGCGCAGGCAGCGGCGCCGCCCCGCACUGGUGGCUGAGGCGGCGGGGCUGCAGCAGUGGCGGGGAGCAGGGCCCGCGUGGUCCAUGGCACGCCCGCACCAGGUGAGCCACGACGCCCAGCCUGACGGGCGCCGUGGGUCGGCACUUAGCGGGACGGACACGCCUGGGAGCGAGUGUGCCACGCCCUCCACGGCGCCCGCCGACGCCCGCGCUGAGUGGUGGGCGGCGCCCGGGGAAGACGUGGCGGAAGUGGGCGUGACGGGUGGCGUGUUGGAGCGCCCGCUACUGCCGUUGCGGGUGUUCAUGUCCGUGAUGGGCGUGGGGCCGCCUGCAUACCACGCCGAAAGCAGGAGUUACCGCAUGAGGUGGACGAGUCCCUCCGGGUUAGCCACGCUGGUGGCCUCGGCGGCGGUGGUGGCGCUGACGGCCGUGGCAGUGGUCAGCCUGGCGCGCCACCUGUUGUCCACCGAGGAGGACCCAGACCAGCGUCCCGUGCAGAGCCUCAAGACCAUCGGUGUGCUCAUCGUGGGCGGCUACCAGGUGAACGCCCUGGUGCAGGUACUCAACACGGCGGCGGGGGCGGCGCGCCACGCUCGCCUUCUGUCCGCCUGGACGCGCCUUGCGGCCCUGCACCACAUCAACCCUACGCGUGGCCUGCGGCGCAAGUGCUGCGUCCAGGUGGCCUUCAUGGCUGCCUUCAUCGCCGCCAUGCUCGCCGCGGCGAUCGUGGGACGCCCGCGCUUUGUGGGUCACGUGCUGGAGGGCCUCGCGGAGCGCCUCUACCUCAUCCCGCGCAGCCUCCUGCACGAUCCCGCCAGCCUGCCCGCCAAGGCGGUGCAGGUAGCCGUGUGCUGCGUGGCCCUCCACCACUUCGCCAUCAACAAGAGCUACCUAUUCGCCUUCACCACGCACUGCCACCUGCUGCAGGCCGCCCUCACCGCCUGGAACACUCACCUCACCCGGGCCAUCGACCAGGUGUGGGCGGGCAUGGGCGGGGACGGGGUGAGCGUUCUGGUGCACGGGCGAGAGCAGCUGGUGGUGUUGGUGAGGGACACACAGUCUUUCUUCAGCCCAGUGUUGCAGUGUUACUUUGCCUCGACGGUGAUCAUCGUGUGCACGGAACUGUACCUCCUGGCGCAGGGCGUAGGAUCUGGCCUGCUGCUGACGGAGGAGGUGGUGGUGCUGAUUCUCCUGACGGUGCAGACGACGUGGCUCCUCAUACACGUGUCCCUGGCGGCGGCGGGGGUGCAGGAGCAGGCUGAGGCUACAGGGGACGUGCUGGGGCGGGGUCUGCCCUACGCCGCUUCGCCUGAGGAUAAGCAUUACGUUGGGGAGCUGACGCGGUCCCUGGUGGUGUCCCCGCUGCACAUCACUGGCGGGAACUUCUUCACCAUCAACCGCUCCUUCAUUCUGACGGUGGUGAGUGUGGUGUUGUCCUACUUCAUCGUCAUCCUCCAGUUCACUCAGUCCUGCGGGAGCCCGGAUGACCCCUCCACCACCACCACCACCACCACCACCUCCACCACUAACAUCACCACCAGCAACACCACUACUAAUACCACCUUGGAUGAAGACAUGUGAAUGAUCAGUUACAAGAAAAUAUUGGUGUAGCCAGAAAAAAAAAAUUUUCUUUUAAAACAGAUACAUUUAAAUGCUACAGCUAUUCCUGCAUCGUUCAGCUUCUACGAAUUUCUAUCUAUUUAGGUAACUCUUCUUUGAGCAGCAAGCCCCGAGGACCUAUCUAAAAGACAGCUUGUUAUAUGCGACGUUUUGUUCCAACAUCUUGAGGCAGAGUGAGGCAACUUGUGUCUGCACCUCAUGAUGUGUGUCGGUGCUGGCUCGUGACGGACUGGUCGGUCUUGAAUUGCAGUAGAAGACGUGACCCGCCGGGACCACACCUCUCUCCAGCCACUAAGGACGUGGAUGACGUCUCCCAUUCAUAAUUAAUUUCCUUAAAGAGAGAGAGAGAGAGAGAGAGAGAGAGAGAGAGAGAGAGAGAGAGAGAGAGAGAGAGAGAGAGAGAGAGAGAGAGAGAGAGAGAGA